AUGUGUUGCGCUGGCCUCAGGAUCGAUCACAUGCUGAGUGAGGUACUCGGUCAUCCACAGCCACAGCUUGGAAUAAUGGGCAUUAUGGGGAACAGAAGGAGGAGGACCCUCGGACGCGGGGCAGUGCAGUGCAGUGCAGCGCAUGACGAUGACUACAACCAGUCGGAAUACAGCUUUACAGUGGAGUGCAGAGAGACCUUGAGGCAUUCAACCGAUGUACACACUCGCUCAUAA